AUGGAUUUCAAGACAGCGCCGGACAAGGAGGACUUUUGCGAGAAGGAAAUGGAGGGGUGGAUGAAGAGUGUGGAAAAAUCCAUAGGGCACUGCUCCCACGAAGGCACGGAUGGAGGCCUCAAGGCCGCCAAAGCCCUCUACGGCAAAGCGCUUGGUGGAGCAGUCAAAUACAGAGACAUUUGCCAGCAUUGCAAAGAUGAGCAGAACUUCGUGACGAAUUUCGUCAGGCCCAACCUUUUCACCCCCACAGAAGGUGCGAAGUACAAGUUGCAAUUCGAUUGUGUAGCAGAGGCAGCGAAGGCUGUUCUCUGCCUGUGA